CUCACUGGUCAAAACAGUCACCUAUCAGGACAGUUACGACUGGAAGUUGGGACUGGAUUUCAAGAAGUUUGUCAACCUGGAGGUGGGGGGAACACGUUCUGCUGUGUACAACUUUGCUACAGCCAGGAGCCAAGAGGACCGCUACACCUUCAGCACACACCGUGCCACCUGUAGACAUUAUAGUUACCGUGUGUCAAACACACCGCCCCUCAGUAAAGAGUUCCUCAACGAUUUGAAGGGACUGCCCAGUUACUACAACCCCUUCACCAAGGGCCUGUACAGACAAUUCUUGGAGACCUAUGGCACACAUUUUAUCCGCCAGGUUUAUCUUGGGGGGCGAUUCAGGCGAGUCACAGCUGCACGUACCUGUUUGUCCUCACUGAAUGGACUCUCCUCAUACCAGGUGUACAAGUGCUUGUCAGAUGGUGUCAAAGUAGGCCUGGGGAAAUACAAACUGAAUGCAAAUUAUAACUCUUGCAACAAAGUCCUACAGAACCAGGACGAGUCCACGUCUUACAGCUCUGGUCUCCACCAACACUACACUGAGGUGGUAGGAGGUAGGGGUUGGGUGGGUGAGUUUUCUCUCACCCAUAAGGACUCCCUGGGCUACCAAAAGUGGCUGAAAACCCUCAAGGAUCACCCUGACGUUGUUCAGUAUUCCCUCAGACCACUUUACCAGCUGGUGACAUAUGGGUCAAAAAGGACAGGACUGAAGGCUGCCACAGAACA